AUGUGGGCGAAGCUUCUUCAGGCAACGGCACUUUUAGCCGCCGUUCCUUCGACGCUCGCUAUCUACCCCGACGAGGUUGGCCACGUCGAUUUCCACCAUGCGCUGCUAGGUGUCCCUUCGUCAAAAUCCACCUUCUUCCACCGACCGUCCGCUUCCUCAAGCGCUGCCCUCCUCUACACGCUCUCCGAAAAGUCGCUUCUUGGCGCUGUCAAUCCGAAAGAUGGCUCGCUACUGUGGAGGCAGAAUCUCACUCGUCCCGCCCGAUUGUCCGACCGUGAUGCCGAAGGCUUAUUACGUGCGUCUGAUGGAACAAAUGCGGUGGUUAGCGCGUUAGGAGACUACGUCUCUGCCUGGAGCGCUCUGGACGGAAAGCUUUUAUGGGAAAACUGGUCUCCGGGUAUGCAAAUUGUGGAUAUUGAGCUCCUGGAGCUGCAGGAUGCGAGCGUUGCUCCGUCGACCAGGGAUGCGAUUGCACUUUCUGGGGGUCAAGCGGGCUCGGUCAAGAGACUUGAUGGACAAACAGGAGAGAUCAAGUGGGAGCGACAUGAUGAAAGCGGCGACGUUCCCUUCCAAGUGUCAUCCUCCUCGACCGACGUCUUUUACAUCUCCCUACAACCGGCGCUACUGAAAGGCUACAAGAUCCGGGUGACCGCUUUGGAUCCGCUCACUGGCCGACAAACCCGUCAGCAGAUCCUCAAUUCCGAAAGCGACGUUUCCGGUCCCGAGUCGGUCCUCUUCGUGGGCGCCAACAAUGCGUUCCCUAUAAUCGCCUGGGCGGAUAAGUCGCACAAGACGCUGAAGGUUAAUGUUAUCGGUACCAAGCAGGUGACCACAGUGAACAUCGAGAACACCCACGGAGACGAUAUCAAGUCCAUCCAAAUCCACGCCCCCAGGGCUCUCAACGCGCAGCCACACUUCCUGGUGCAGUACGAGACGGCGUCUGGCUCCUGGGCUGAGGUGUACCAUGUCGACCUCACGUCUUCCACAGUGUCCAAAGCUUACAACCUCCCGUAUCUACCAGGAUGGUCUGUUUUCAGUACUGGCACCAAGGACGCGAAUGUCUACUUCACCCGGAUCACCGAUUCCGAGACCUAUGUUGUUUCAUCCGCUUCUCACGGUAUUCUCGGAAGAUGGAUUCAGCCUCGCCCAUUGGAUCGCGCUCUCCAUGCAGUUUCAGAUUUGGCUGUAAAGGGCGACUCUGUGGCUGCCCGCUCGGCUAUUGUCUUGGAAUCCGGCGAUUGGCAGUUGAUCCAGAAUGGCGCAGUCACAUGGACUAGGCCCGAAGCCUUGUCUGGUGCUUUGGCUGCUAGCUGGGCUGAUACGGACAGCCAGAGGGAUCUGGCCCACGAGCUUGAGGUUGAAGGCCACGAAAGCAUUGUUGGGGCUUACAUCCACCGUGUGAAGCGCCACAUCAAGGACCUCCAGUAUCUUCCAGACUGGCUCAAGGAGCUGCCAAAGCGUGUUCUCACCAGUCUGUUUGCGGAUGAGGUCUCUAACCUGGAUAGUUUUGGUGUUUCCAAGCCUGUUAUUGUCGCUACGCAGAACGGCCGUGUCUAUGCCCUUGACAGCGGCAACCACGGCCGGGUAUCCUGGAGUGUCAAAGCCGCGGAAGCUGAUUCGUGGAAUGUCAAGGCGAUCUUGACGCAACCUGGAUUCGCGACUGUUUACGCUGAUGACGGCAGCUCUGUCACUCUGAACGUCACCACCGGCGAUAUCACUCAACGCAGCCCGGCCACAGGGAAAAUCCGCUCAAUUGCUGUCCUCAACGAUGGCACUUCCCAAAGCACCAUCGGAAUCAACGAGAACGGAGAGCCCGUGGGAUUCUUUGAUCGCCCUGGAUUCUUCGUGACUCAGGGCGCGGAUGGAAGGGUUCUCGGCUGGAGCACUAAGGACUCCCAGUCACCAGUAUGGGAGUUCUUGCCCGCACCCGGCGAGAAGAUUAUCCAGGCCACUGCCCGACCCUCUCAUGAUCCUGUCGCAUCAAUCGGCAAGGUUCUGGGCAACCGCUCGGUUCUGUACAAGUAUCUCACCCCGAACGCGGCUCUCGUCACAGCCGUCGGCGAGUCCUCUGCCACCUUUUACCUCCUAGACGGAGUCACCGGCCAAAUCCUCCACACUAGCACACACAAGGGAGUCGACACCGCACAGCCCAUCGCAUCGACCAUCUCAGAAAACUGGUUCGCAUACUCCUUCUACGCCGAAGGCUCCGACCCUUCCGACGCUAGAGGCUACCAACUCGUCGUCUCGGAGAUGUACGAAUCCCCAAUCCCUAACGACCGCGGCCCACUAGGCUCAGCAACCAACUACUCAUCCUUCACCGACCUGCCCCUCCCGCACGUCAUCUCUCAAGCCUUCAUAAUUCCUGAACCCAUCUCCCACAUGGCCGUCACCCAAACGCGCCAGGGCAUCACAACCCGCCAACUCAUCGUCGUCCUUCCCGAAUCCAACGCCAUUGUCGGUAUUCCCCGUCCAGUCCUCGACCCGCGCCGUCCCAUCGGCCGAGACCCGACUUCCACCGAAGCCGAAGAGGGCCUCGUGAAAUACGUCCCGUCUCUCGACUUUGACGGCAGGUGGUACCUUAGCCACUCACGCCAGGUCGCAGGCAUCGAGACCGUCCUGUCCGCACCUACGCUCCUCGAAAGUACGAGUCUCGUCUUCGCUUUUGGAAAUGAUAUCUUUGCUACGCGGGUGACACCUAGCCAGGCGUUCGACAUCCUGGGUAAGGGCUUCUCGAAGCUGCAGCUGCUUAUGACGAUUGUCGCAUUGGCGAUUGGUGUUUCGAUUUUGGCGCCUAUGGCCCGCAAGAAGAAAAUCGACACGCUUUGGAAGGCGAGGUAG